AUGAAAACAUCACAAACGAAAGAUUCGGCUGGGUUCCAGGAUUCACUUCAUGGGUUCUCUCAAAUGUCCUCCAGAGUGUGCGUAUUCAAGCCUUUGUCUAUGGCUUACAUCGGAGCAGCCUAUCUAGACUCGUCCGCGUUGAUGAGACCUGCUCGUCCACAAAGCAUCACCUGCAUGCUGGUGGCUUCUGCUUUGUCCCAAAUCCCAGACAGCAAGCUUUGA